AUGGAAGCUCAUUCUGAGGUCGCUUUAUCUCGUGAUGCAGGUGUCAGGGCGAGUAAUGGCUGGGAGGAGCCAGGGCUCUCUGAUGAGUGCAAUCAGCUCCGAACACGACGAGGAUUCCGGAUUCGGUCAGACUUCUCGGCAUUCCUCCAGACUCUCGCUUCUGGAUCACCGAAGCCAAGACAGCGGUACGUGAAAUGCAUUAUCAUUGUGCCAUCUCUUUUGGACUUGGAUAUGGAGCUACCAGACAGUUCCCCAUUGAGCCACUCUGCUGCUCGUCACAAAAUUGCCGUGAGGCCCAAGAAGACCCAUGGACUUCCACGGAAUAGGCGGCUUCAACAGCGGACUAGCACUGCAGCCCUGCCGACCAUGCCAGAGGUGAAUGAGGAGUCUUGGUCAGGAGUUUCUUCAUCUCGCUCUGUCCUGCAUGUCUCUACCUCCCCGCCUACACAUUCAGUCUUGGAGGCUAUACCCAGAGUGGAGGAAACUGUUAAAGUGAGAAGCGAAUGGAAAGAGGUGAAGGAGAAUUGGAUUGACCUUCAAGAAGGUUCAAGCCCUGAGCAUCCUGAAAUUCAAGACUCCAAGGAUGAAACACCCAAGGAGGAUGGGAGGAAGACCUCUAGGCAUGAGGAUUCCUCUUUCUUCAGUCGUAUAUUUGGUUCAAGAAGGAGCCUAAAGAAAAAGAAAGACCUUCCACCCACCCCUGCUACAGAAGUCCCCAAGCGCAUUAAUCCCAAUGGUGGGUAUGGCCAAGAUGCACCAAGUCAUUUUGUGAAGAGUGAGGAGAGAUCUCCAGUGCGCAUUCGUGCAUCAUCCCUUGCCUCUGGACAGGUUGCUCAUGUUGAAGCCUCGUUCCUUGCAGACGGAAAUCGAGAGGAGGAAUCCCUCAUGAUUCAACCUGAAGUCAUUAGAAAGAAAGAGGCCAUGGUUCGGAAGGCCUUCAGCUUCAAGCGAGUUACAGAACCCCAAGACUUGGAUGUGUCCCAUCUUCCAAGCCUACCUGCUUUUGUAAACAAUGAAAAAAUUGUUAGCAAGCCUCGGCCAGAAAAACCAGUUAGAAUGAGGAAGAUGGAAGAGGUAAAUGUAUGGAAGGGCAAGGCUGAAUCACCAAAAAAUAACGUGGAUGAGAAGAUUGAGACAAGGCAGUUGGUAUGGAAUGCCACAACCCCACAGAUGAAUGGUCAUACACAGAAUGGAAAAUUUGGGGAUGAAGAGGAGUCGACUGAAAGUCGUAGGAGGAGCCUUUUUGGGGAUGUUUUGCGAAACACUGGACUACUAGAUGGCCUUGACUCUGGACCAAAAUCUCUUGAUAGUGUUAUUACAAGUCGGUCUGAGGAAAGUGGAACCAGCAAGAGAACAAUAUCCUAUGAGAACAUCAGCUCUAUUGCAUCAACAGAUGGUUCUCCAGAACCAGAGGAUGAAAAGGAGAAGGGAGAUGAAAAUGCUGAAGUCCCCAUCCCCAUGAAGGAGGACUCAGGGAAAACUGUGAUCAAGAUUCAGAAUGCUGAGAAUAUCAAUAUCACAUUGAAGAGUGGGGAAGCUAUCAGCAAAGUCUUGCUGGAAAGCAAAGAAAAAAUUACUCCCAGUUUCUCAAAGCAAUCCAACUUAAGUGACGGUCAGGAUGUAAAAAGUCUCUUUUUAGAAGCAAAGAUCAACAAGUUCAAGGUGGAAAGCAUGCAAAGCCCCAAGAUAGACACAGCAGAAUUAAACAGCCAUGAGUUCUUGAACCGGAAGAUGAUGUUCCAGAGAGUCUCAUCAGUAGAUGAGGACAAUGAGAAGAAGCAGAAACGUAUGUGGCCACUUGGAAAUGGAGAAUUGGUUUUGGAGGACAAGGUGACAACCCCAUCCCGUCCAAAGCACCUUGACCUCUGGUCUACAUCUAAUGAGGACAAGAGCACAUCUGGAAGACCUGAGCUCAUCAACACAAGGGUCAUCCAGGCUCAGAAUCCUGAGAUCUCAAUGGAGAAGGAGCACAAGAGAGUUGGCAUUCCUGCUGCCUUCAUGAGACAAACCUCAGCACCAUUGCCUUUGAAGACAGAAGGAGCUUUGCCAUCCCGCAGCCCAAAGACACCACCACCUGUGGCCAAGAAGACUAAACCCAGUUCAGAUGCUAUAACUGUUGCACCUAUCAUGAGAGAUAGGUCAUUUCCACUUUUUCCUGUUGCAACACCUGAUGGAAAAGAUAAUUAUCAGCAUCCCUUGAAUGUGCAUCAAUAUCCCAUGAGUGUGAAAGGGAGGUCUAAUGAACCAACUCCACUAAGAACAAGCCCCAAAGAUGAAAAGAUUACUCCUAACCUUCAGUUAACGGAGAAUGGAAUGCAAGAACGGGGAUCUGUUGGACCUCUCAUGAGAGAUAGGUCAUUUCCACUUAUUCCUGUUUCAACACCUGAUGGGAAAGAUAGUUAUCAGCAUCCCUGGAGUGUGAAAGGGAGAUCUAAUGAACCAACUCCACUAAGAACAAGCCUCAAAGAUGAAAAGGUUACUCCUAACCUUCAGCUAACAGAGAAUGGAAUGCAAGAACGGGGGAUUGUCGUUCCAUCAAGUAGCCCAGCUGUUCCUGUUCCUGAAAGGAAAGCGGAAGUUUCUUCUGCCAUUCCCAUCCCAAAGCAGCGAAAGCUUCGUUCAGAAAAAAUUAUUUCUAAGCAGAAAGACAUGGAAGUAAUAAAUCAAAACAAUAGAACUGGGAACCCUAUAGAGAAAGAACAAACAGAAAAGCUAUCUCCAGCUGAAAAGGAAAAGUUGAGAAUGUCGAUAUCUCCAUUCAUAAAACCAAGAGAAUUGGAGCUGCAUGACAGCAAUGUGGAUCCCAAAUCAUCCUCACCUCUGAGAGAGAAGCCUGAGACCAAGAAAUUGUUUCCAAUCACCAGAAUUCCAAGUCACGUAUUAUUCAGUGAGGAUAAGAAGGUGGAAGUAGAAGAAGACAAUAGCAACAAGCUUCAACAUGAAGAAAGACAAGUGCCAUUGGAAUCCACCAGCACAGCAAACAUUGCCAAAGAAACCUUCCUUCCUAGACAGAAAUCGGAUGAGGGUAAGCAUUCACCGCCUGCAAAGCACAAUGGUGUCGUCAUGCAGCAGAAAGACCCCAGCAGAUCGGGGCAAUCGGAGGAAAAGCCUGUGAAUUUGAGGCGCAAACCUGGUGAGCCCAAGGAUGGGCAAUCUGAACUGAUGAAGAUUUUCCACAGACGAUCUCUGAAGAGCAAGGAUGAUAUAUCUUCUGAUGGAGAUGGGAUGUAUCAGAUGAGUAGGAGUCAAACAGAGCCCACGGUUACCACUCGGGACAGUACGGCUGUUCCAGUCCAUAAGAUGUCGCCGGAAUCCUUGUCUCCCGUGUCAACAGCCAAAAAGGUCCCGAUUGAAGGGAACUUGCCAGCUUCCCAGCCAAAGACAUCAUCUGAGCUCAUUUCUCCUACCCCUUUCCACAAAACCGUAGCAGACAUCUCUUCCAAUGCCGUGCCAUCGGCUACUCAAAAGAAUGGGGGUGAAUCCAUGACUCCUUUGAAGAAAACAUCACUUGAACAAGCUUUCACCACUGGUCCAAUGCCGUGGAAGAGAGCUAAGAGCUUGGUUCCAGCUCCAAUCGGAAAGACACCAGAAAUUCCUCAGAAGUCUAGUCAGGAUUUCAUCCUCUCUAGAGUACCGGAACCAGGGCCAUCCAGUCGGACUUCAAAAGUUCUCGACUUGGUGAACAGUUUCCAGAAACUGCAGGUUGGAACAACCUCAUAGGCCCAACUGUGAUGAAUCCCAGUUCUCCCUGUCCAUGUUGAACUUCAGUCAGUAAAGACUAGCAAACUUUUCCAAAAUGUGAAGAAUGCUUUGCGAGUGCUGUGAUAAUGUCAGUGUCUUUUCUUCUGCAGAGUAUUUAUCUACAAGGAUUUCCAAACCUAUGGCAAAUUGUCCCUUUCCAUGUAUUUUCUCAAGGAGAAUUUUUCUAAUCUGACUGCAUUUCUGUGACCUGGAUAAAAUGAACAACUUCUCUUUUGGAAGGUUAUGUUGCCUUACACUAAUCCAUUUAAUUGUUUGUGAUAUGUGAAUCAGAUUGCCUUCCUCAGCUUGGUUGCAUUCCCUUGAUGGAUUCAUGGCAUGGGAGUUUCUUGUGAUUAUAACGAUGGUUUGGAUGGUUUUGGAAUUGCUGUGUUCGAAGCAGAAGCUGGGUAAAUAAAAAAAAAUGAACAACC